AUGAAUCCCUCGAAUCUUGCAAUUCCAACGCUCGCUCUCUCCGUAACCCCAAUCCUUAAACACCCAAUUCGUCAGCUCGAAGGCCGGAAAUUUGCAAACCCUAGGCUUCUGUUUCCGCUCCGGCUUAAUGAGACUCCGGCCGCGAAAAGGGUUUUCCGGGUUCGAGCAACGGUCGACGGAGAUGAAGGAAAAACCGGGAAUUGGGUGAACCGGUUACCGAUUCCAGGUCUCGGAGCCCAAAAUGUCUUCAGGUUGAUUUCGAGCGCGACGGGAAGUCCAAUCGGACAGUUCAUAUCGUCCCCUGUGACUUUCCUGCACUCGGUGGAUCCAAGGAUCAAAUUGGUAUGGCUAUUAACUCUAGUAGUUCUUCCUGCAAGAGCAAAUAUAGUUGUGCGUUUGGGACUUGUUGUAUGUACAGCGCUUUUGUCAGUCUCUGUUCUCCCAAAACAAGUGUGGAUGGAUCAAUUGGCGAGAGUGUCACUCCUUUCGGGUAUCCUCUUCAUAACUCUGGGGCUAGGCUCAGAUGGUGCACCCGCGAUGCUACAAUCAAGAACCCCACCAUCUUCAGUCACAGGCUUGCCUAAUCUCCCCAUGUCUUUGAGCGGUUAUUCGUACAUGCUACUAAAGCUUGGUCCUUUGCAAUUCACAAGGAAAGGUUUAUCCGUUGGAAGCACAGCCGCGUGCUUAACCUUCAUCAUCUUCCAAAGUGCUAGCAUUUGCCUUGCAACCACAACACCGGAGCAGCUUGCGCUUGCUCUGCGUUGGUUCUUGUUCCCGCUGACAUAUAUCGGUGUUCCAGUCGGUGAAAUCAUCCUCACGCUCUUGCUUUCACUGAGAUUCAUUAAUUUGGUUUUCGAUGAGGUACGAAGUGUUUCGCUGGGAAUUGUAUCCCGCAGAGUAGACUGGAAGCAGCUCACUGUUCUGGAGACACUUGAUAUUUUCGCUUCUUUCAUACGCCGGAUCUUCAAGAAUAUAUUCCGACAUGCGGAGCAAAUAUCGCAGGCUAUGAUUGUAAGAGGCUUCAGAGGAGAGAGCAGUAGCCACAAGAUCUACUUCUUCUCUGGCUCAUCAAAUAAGUUCGCAGAUUUUGUAUCGGUCUUGUGUUUAGUCGGUGUAAUCUCAACCGCACUCUUGUCCGAAUACCUUUUUGCCUAA